CGCCCGCGCGGCGCCGCGGUCUCUCCGCUUGGUUACCGCGUCCUGGCGCUGGCCCCGGAAGUAGGGUCGCCCCGCACGGUUCCCGCUCCCGGGCGGCGACGGUCGCCACGGUGGCGGCCGCUGCAUCUCGUACCGCCUCCGCGGCCCUGGGCGUGGUAGCAGCGGGCCCUGGGACUAUGACGGGCCAGGGCCAGUCGGCGGCGUCAGGGUCGUCGGCGUGGAGCUCGAUAUUCCGCCACGUCCGGUACGAGAACCUGGUGGCGGGCGUGAGCGGCGGGGUGCUGUCCAACCUCGCGCUGCACCCGCUCGACCUCGUGAAGAUCCGCUUCGCCGUGAGUGACGGAUUGGAACUGAGACCAAAAUAUAAAGGAAUUCUGCAUUGCUUAACUACCAUUUGGAAACUUGAUGGACUGCGGGGACUUUACCAAGGAGUAACCCCAAAUGUGUGGGGUGCAGGUUUAUCCUGGGGACUCUACUUUUUCUUUUACAAUGCCAUCAAAUCAUAUAAGACAGAAGGAAGAACAGAACGUUUAGAGGCAACAGAAUACCUCAUCUCUGCUGCUGAAGCUGGAGCCAUGACCCUCUGCAUUACAAACCCAUUAUGGGUAACAAAAACUCGCCUUAUGUUACAGUAUAAUGGUGUUGUUAACUCCUCACAACGACAAUAUAAAGGAAUGUUUGAUACACUUCUGAAAAUAUAUAAGUAUGAAGGUGUGCGUGGAUUGUAUAAGGGAUUUAUUCCUGGACUAUUUGGAACAUCACAUGGUGCCCUUCAAUUUAUGGCGUAUGAAUUGUUGAAGUUGAAAUACAACCAACAUAUCAACAGAUUACCAGAAGCCCAGUUGAGCACAAUUGAAUAUAUAUCUGUUGCAGCACUAUCCAAAAUAUUUGCUGUAGCAGCAACGUACCCAUAUCAAGUUGUGAGAGCUCGUCUUCAGGAUCAACACAUGUUUUACGAGGGCGUAUUGGAUGUAAUCACAAAGACAUGGAGGAAAGAAGGCAUCGGUGGAUUUUACAAAGGAAUUGCUCCCAAUUUGAUUAGAGUGACACCAGCUUGCUGUAUUACUUUUGUGGUAUAUGAGAACGUCUCACAUUUUCUACUAGACCUUAGAGAAAAAAAAAAGUAAGCUAAAAGAAGUUAAUUCCAAUACAUCUGCUUAAGCAGCAACUCUUCCUUUGUGUCUGAGAUGUAAACAUCAGAAGAAGACAGCGCAGCAACAUGGCUCACAAUGAAAAUUGAUCUACAAUCAUUAGUAGUCAGAGAACUGCUAAGAACUUGCAAUGUUUUUCUGCUUUUUGCCUUCCCUGUAUGUGUGGGACUUGGCUACCUCUGCCAGAAAUGGCUCCCAUCAACACAAUAGUAAAACUGACAUCAAGUGGAGAGUUUCACAAAUUUCUGUACUUCACUCUUCAAGUAGGAGCUGAUAACAGCAUUUGCUAAAUGGAUUAGCUGAAUAUGCUGCUUUUUUCUAAACUCAUUUGCCUGGAUUGGGUUUAGAAUCAGUCUCGUGCAAAAUAGCAAGUAAUGGCUUCUGAAAAGAAUUUUAUCAUUGCUGUUUCAAGGAUAAAUUAAACUUUAAGGAUUUUCUGGGCAAAGUGUUGCUUAAAUCCAGACCAUUUUUGAAUUGGGAAAUUUUGGUGAGAAAAAAGCCCUAUAUAUAAAUGUGCUUUAGUUUCAAUUCAAUUGGAAUGUGCUCACUAGGGAAAUUUGAAAAGUGAUAUGCUUCUCUUAAUUUGAAAAGUAACUGAUAUUUGUUGUUAUUCUGCAAUUAAUCUUUUCCCCUGGGGGCUCUUCCAUAAUUUAAAAUAUAAUUGUGGAUUCAGUGACUAUUUUUUGACAUAGAUACUUAGUGUCUCUUAAACUUAUAAAAUCUGAAUUGGGAUCCAGCUGUAUCAGUCUUGGUUAACAUAUUUGGCUACAAUCACUAACUGGCUAUAAAUCAGUAAUAGAUCACUUCAUACAAAUACUGUAAUGAUUGGGAUCUGUUAGUUGAGAAACUGGGGGGAAAUGAGUAACUUCCUAAGUCAGCCAUCAGAUAUAUGGGUCCAGAUCUCAAAUAAAUGAUUAAUAUACAUUGGUUGCUCAUAUUCAGAUGGAAUUCUAUUAAUGGACGUUAUUGAUUUUUACUUGAGUCAUAUAAAUACCUAUAAAAGACUGCCCCAAAAGGACAUCAGAAUUAUAUUUUUAUUUAUCAUAAGCCUUUAUGAAUGCUGUUGCACUUCCAUCUGUCUGUUGUAAAUAAAAAACAUUGUGGUUUUCAAAACCAUUUUUAAAUGGUUCUUUGAAAAUAGGUCUAUUUUUUAUAUUUUGCAAAUGGCAUUUUAAAAAUAUGAAACAAGUAUCUAAUUGUAUUUAAUUUGUUGUAACAUGCACAGGAAUACUUUAUAAAUUAAAUGUGAUGUAUUUUUUCAUACUUCUGGAUUUACUAUAAUUCAUAUGAAAUCCUGAUGUUAGUCCCUAUAUGGAAGACUGGCUACAGCUGCUGUUUCGAGUUUUAGAGGUAGUGCCAUUGUUUGAAUGCCUCCUGUGUACCCCCAAAUUAAUAAAACAUAAUUCCUGUCUUCUAAGAGCAUACAAACUUGCAGAAUUAAAUAAAUAAGCAUUAAAGAGUAACAGUUCUAGACUAACAGGCAAGCAGAUUUCUACAAAGCUCUGUAAGAGUCCUGAGAAAAGAGAACUCAUUCCACUAAGUCAACAACAAAUUCUGAUGAGCUCUUGCUCUGUGCCAUCACUGAAGAUAGAGCAGGAAAUAAGCCAGACAACAUUCCUGCCCUCGGGGGAUUUUCAUUUUAGUGGGAGUGACAGAAAACAAAUUGUGCAUAAUACAUUCUCAGAUAUUAAAUGCUAUAAAUAGAACUAAAGCAGAAUUGGAAAUAGUGUUACUAUCUUAGGAUGCUUAGGAUCAGGAAAGAUCUCUUUGAAGAGGUAGUAUUUGAAACAUUUUGAAAGAAGUGAGGAACAAGCUGCAAUGAGAUAGAGGAAACACAUUCUAGGCAGAGAAUAUGAAGUACAAAGGCACUGAGGCCGGAAUUAAUUUAGAGGAGAUGGGUAAGGACAGAGUGGCCAGGGAGAGGAGGUUGGAGAAAUAGCCCUUUAGUAUGGUAGGAAAGAAUGCAGGAUUCACUUCAAAUUUCAGCUUUCCUGUUUACUGCCUGGCCUCCAGCCAAAUUUUCUCAUAUGUAAAAUGUCUUAGAUUUAUUCCUUUGUGGAUGAGGAUGCUUGGACAAGUGAUUAUUGAGGGAGUGCUCUUAGGAGCAUCUGUAACGGAGUUAAGAAAAUGGGAAGAAGUUUUAGAUGUUCACCUGCAGCCUGACCCUACAGGACACUCUGCAGUAUGAAUUGGACCACAGAGAUUGUCCUGCCCUGAGGUGAGUGGCUGGGUUACUGUAUUCUCACGUCAAGUGGUCACUGACCACCUGUUGUGGUUGGAAGGAGGGAAGGCUAGGUGGAGGUGACUGCUGUUAGCAGCUGGGUUAUGGGUGUACCAGCCUUGUAAAAAGGGAUUUGGUGGGUUACCAACAGCAUCUGCAAAUGAGGAUAUUAAAAGUAUGUAGUUCAUAAGACUGUUGAUGAGAUUAAAUGGAUCGAUCCAUCUAAAGUGCUUAGCACUGUCCCUGGGCCAGGUCUUACAGGCCAUGGUCAGGGGUUUAGAUUGCAGGAGAGAUCAUUCUAGUGAUUGUAUGAAGAAGCAGGAUACAACAGGGUUACUAGUUAGGAAGCUUCCACAGAUAUCUAAUCAAGAGCUGAUGGUAGCAUGGACCUGAUUGAUAGAGCUGGAGAUGGUUUAUAGCUUGGGGGGAACUAGAAGAGAGUUCAUGGAAGGGAAACUUGAAGCUUGGCCUUGAUGGUAGAGAUUUCAAAGGGAACCAUGAAAAAAAGCACAGGUGACAUGUCUUGAACAAUGUGUUGUCCAUGUGGUAAUGAAGAAAUAGAAGAGAAGGCUGAAAGAUUGGGACCAGAACAUGAGAAUGCUGAGUCUUACUAAAUGUAUUUGGGUUUUAUUUGAUGAGUAAAAGAGAAGUGAGAGUCAUUAACAGAACCGAGAGACACGGUUACAUCUUGGGGGUGGGUGACGGAAGCAGACCAAUCAGAUAAGGCGAGCAAACUCAAAGGGACGGGGUUAUCAACUGUGUAAAUAUUUCAGUAAGAUGAAGAUGGAUGUCACUGAUAAGUUUAAGCAGAUUCAAAUUCUAGAGGCCAAAGACAGAUUGCAAGCAGCUAAGCAGGUGGGGCAAACGACAAGUAUUCAUUUCAGUCUAGGCUCUUCUUGGAUUUCAGCAGAUAAAGGAAAGGCAGAGAGAGAACUUUAGCUUGAAAAAAAGUACUAGGAUCUGGGAAGGGGUGCAAGUUGGGGAGGCUGUCCGAGGGAAAACCAGAACACGAUUGUAAAAAUGCUCAAAGAUUAAGAUCUAGGCCAAAACAAAACUUGCCGGAGCUUAGCCUCAGAACAUAUGUAUGGUAUAACGUGAACCAAAAUGAUGUUGAGUACCAUGCCUUGUGAAAAGAAGGUUAUUCUGUUUCAGUAUGUGCUUUUGUCCCAAGGGAGUUUUAAAAAGCCAUGUUGUUUAAAGGCCAUACUAGAAAAGGAUUAGUGACUAAAAAGUAUGAGUCCAGGAGUCCUCAGAGUAAGGUCUCUCUUUUAAAUAUGGACAGGUUACUGAACAAAAAACCUCCAGACAGAGUAUUAUUACCACUUUAAUAACAAGGCCUCUUUAGUGAUUGUAAAAUUACAGAAAUAAAAUACCUUGAAAUGAUUUA